AUGUCAAACGCAUUAGAAAAGUUAAAGGAGUUUACUGUUGUUGUAGCAGAUACAGCAGAUUUCCAAGUAUUGGAAAAGUAUGGAUCACAAGACAGUACAACCAACCCAUCAUUGGUAUUGCAAGCAGCCAACAUCCCAAAAUACAAACCACUUAUUGACGAGGCCGUUCAAUAUGCCAAGACACACGAACAAGACAAGAGCAAGCAAUUGUCAUUGGCCAUUGACAAGAUUUUCGUCAACUUUGGUAUCGAGAUUUUAAAGAUUGUUCCAGGUCGUGUCAGUACCGAGGUAGACGCCCGUCUCUCAUUCGACACUGAUGCCAACAUUAAAAAGGCCCGUGAAUUGAUUGCCUUGUACGAAGCAGCUGGCAUCAAGCGUGACCGUGUCCUCAUUAAGCUCGCCUCCACCUGGGAAGGUAUUCAAGCCGCCAAGGUACUCGAAGAAGAGGGUAUCCACUGUAACAUGACCCUUUUAUUCUCACUCAUCCAAGCUGCUGCUUGUGCCGAGGCCAAGGUCACUUUGAUCAGUCCAUUUGUCGGUCGUAUCACAGACUAUUUCAAGGCCAAGGAAGGUAAGGACUUCCCAGCCAACGCUGACCCAGGUGUCUUGUCAGUUCGUUCCAUCUACAACUACUACAAGACUCACGGUUACAAGACUGUCGUCAUGGGUGCCUCUUUCCGUACCAAGGAGCAACCAAUCAACCUUGCUGGUUGUGAUCUCCUCACCCUCUCACCAUCCAUCCUCGAAGACCUCCAAAAAUCCGAUGCUUCCUUGGUCCAACUCAUCCUCUCACCAUCCAUUGCCAAAACCACACCCAACGUUCAAGAAAAGAUCUCCCCAGUCACUCAAUCUAGAUUCCUCUAUGACCUCAGUUGCAAUGAAAUGGCCAACUUUAAGACCUCUGAAGGUAUUAGAAAGUUUGCUGAAGAUCUUGAAAAAUUAGAAACCAAAAUUAAAGAACUUUUAAACUAA